AGCAACAUGGAAAGAGGAAACCAAACUGUCAUCUUAAAGUUCCUCCUCCUUGGUUUUCCCAUUGAACCAGAUCAACAAGAACUAUUCUUUGCUGUUUUUCUGACCAUGUAUCUUAUCAUCGUCCUGGGGAACCUCUUUAUAAUCAUCCUCAUUGGCCUGGAUUCCCACCUUCACACUCCUAUGUAUUUAUUUCUCAGUAAUUUGUCUUUCUCUGAUCUCUGUUUUUCCUCUGUGACAAUUCCUAAUUUGUUACAGAACAUGCAGAGCCACAUCCCAUCAAUCCCCUAUGCAGGCUGCCUGACUCAAAUGUAUUUCUUUCUGCUGUUUGCUGACCUAGAGAGCUUCCUGCUUGUGGCCAUGGCCUAUGACCGCUAUGUGGCCAUCUGCUUCCCCCUGCACUACACCAGCAUCAUGAACCCUAAGCUCUGUUUCCUCCUGGUGGCUCUGCCCUGGGUGCUGACCACAGUCAUCUCUUUGCUGCACACACUGCUGAUGGCUCGACUGUCUUUUUGUGCUGAUAAUGUGAUUCCCCACUUUUUCUGUGACAUGUCUGCUUUGUUAAAGUUGGCCUGCUCUGACAUUCAGAUAAACGAAAUGGUGAUAUUUAUCUUGGGAGGACUUGUCAUUAUUGUUCCAUUCCUGUUGAUCUUUUCAUCCUAUGCAUGGAUUGUAUCUGCCAUUUUCAAGGGCUCUUCUGCCAGAGGUAUCCGCAAGGCCUUCUCCACCUGUGGCUCCCACCUCUCUGUGGUGUCUCUCUUCUAUGGGACAAUCAUUGGCCUCUAUUUGUGUCCUUCGGCUAACACUUCUACUCUGAAGGAGACUGUCAUGGCUGUGAUGUACACGGUGGUGACCCCUAUGCUGAACCCCUUCAUUUACAGUUUGAGGAAUCAGGACAUAAAGGGAGCUAUAGGAAGGAUCUUUUCAAAAUGGACAAUUCACUCUUCUCUGAGACAAUGA